CUUUAUUUGCUAUCAGUACCUACAAUAAGGCAUAUUUAGUUAUCAUUAACCGUUGUAAUCUGGGAUUUUUCUGGAUUAAAGUUCCAUAAAAGUUUUACCGGAUGAUUUGUAAUAAAAUGUUCGCCAAAUCUGUGAAUGUCUAGUGCGAUUUUGUUUUACAUAACGUAAAACAUAUUUGUUAAUGUUUAUAGUGUGAUUGCAUACGCUGGAACAAUGUCGUGGCAAACGCAGAUUGUAUCAUUCCUCUUCAUUGCGCAGCAAGGUAACGCGCAGUUAGAGACUCCGUUUACCCUAGAUGAAUAUUUUAGCGGGACUUUUUCCAGUUCUACGUGGAACGGAACAUGGCUGACAGAUUCCACAUUUGUGUAUGCAGAUAGAAGCGGAAAUUAUUUACUAUACGAUAUGUUCACUAAGAAGUCCGACGUUUUCUUAGAAUCAGCUACUUUGGCAAACUAUUCCCCUGCGGUGAUUUCGAUUUCCAAAGACAUGCAGUACAUUUUAGUUCGGUACAAUGUAACCUCGAUAUUCCGCCAUUCCACGACCGCAUCCUACGCCCUUUACGAUAAAACUUCUAAUGAGUUUUACGAAGUUCAUAAUCGAAGUGCUCUUCAACUCGCUAAAUUCGAUAGCAACGGCCAUGGAUUUGCGUACGUAUUUGAAAAUAGUAUUUACUACGUGUCCACACCGAGCGACAUCAAUGAACCUACCCUCGUGGCAAAAGGUGUGCCUGGGGUUAUCUAUUAUGGUGUACCCGAUUGGGUCUAUGAAGAGGAGGUUUUGGGAAGCGGUUCUGCUAUGUGGUUCUCACCAGACGGAACGAAGAUAGCCUACGCUAUGUUUAAUGACACAAAUGUAGCAGAUUUUUCCUAUUUCGUUUAUGGAAAGCCAGGAGUGUUAAGCGACCAGUAUCCUACGAUAGCCACCAUUAAAUAUCCCAAGGUCGGAACGCCAAAUCCGGUGGUACAAACCUACGUCUACGACACAAGCAGCAAAAUCAGCACCAAAUUUGACCUCAUAAGCACUAUAGAAAACGGCGAAAGUAACAACGAUUAUGUACUCUACGAUUUAAGUUGGGUGUCUGCAUCUGAAGUAGCCAUGAUCUCAACCAACAGAAUACAAAACGAAUCUGUGAUAAUUAGGUGUAAGUUAGACGGCUCUUGCGCAGAGGAGACCUCCUAUCAGCAAAAAAAUGGUUGGCUACGACCAAAAAUUCCUAAAUACAGCGCCGACGGCACAAGAAGGCUCGAAAUUUUGCCCCAACCUGAAGGAGAUGAUUACUUCGACCACCUGGUUUCAACCAACGUAGGAAAUAAUAAUCAAAUUAGAUUAACUCACGGACAUAGAGUUGUCACUGUUAUUUACGGGUGGGAUGAAGUUAGCGGGUUAAUAUAUUAUGGUGGAUCUGCAAACGACACUCCCUCUCAGCAACAUAUCUACGUCGUUGACAUAGCGAAUAUCUCAGAAGACAAAUGUCUGACUUGUAGUAUGGUGGUCGACGGUGAAAACUGCAAGUACGCAUCUGCAGCAUUUAGUACCCAAUUUUCAUCUAUUGUCAAAGUGUGUCGAGGGCCUCAUCCAAUUUAUGUCACUAUAGAGAGUCUGAAGCAGGCUGAAACCGAGACAAUAAUUUGGCAAAAUAACGCGGCCGUUCGUGAACGACUGGCCGCGAAACUGCGACCAACAAUACAAGAUUUAAGGGUGCUAGUCGAUGGCAAGUUUACGGUGAGGGUGAGAAUGCUGCUUCCGCCAAAUCUAGACGUAAAACUUAAACAUCCAGCUCUUGUUUUGGUCUACGCUGGUCCAAACUCCAAUAGAAUUGACGACUCGUUUUCAAGUGGGGUUGAAAACUACUUCGUCACGAAUCGACGCUACAUUUACAUUUACAUCGAUGGAAGAGGUAGCGGUAGGGACGGACUCAACAAAAUGCAUCAAAUCUAUCGCAAGUUCGGCACUGUUGAGAUUGAAGACCAAAUUGCUGUAAUGAAAUACCUACAGCAAAACUGUCCAUACAUUGACGCGAGCAACACUGGUAUAUGGGGAUGGAGUUAUGGUGGAUUCGCUUCUACCUGGGCCCUUAUCAAAGAUUACGAAGGCGUCUUCAAAUUCGCUUUGGCGGUGGCACCAGUAACUAAUUUCAUUUAUUACGACACGAUAUACACGGAAAGGUACAUGGGCCUGCCCACGAACGAAGACAAUUUAUUGGGUUACAACAACACCGACAUAACUCGUUACGUAGAAGCCAUGCGGGGUAAAUUGUACUCCAUUAUUCACGGUAACGCUGACGAUAACGUCCACUAUCAACAGUCGAUGCUGCUAGUAAAAGCCCUGGAAUGGGCCGAUAUUCCCUUCGCGCAGCAGAGCUAUCCAGACGAGAAUCAUUCAUUAGGCAAUGUAUAUCGGCACCUGUAUCACAGCUUGGAUAAGUUUUUCGCCAAAGGCUUCUCACCGCUCUCUCCCAGGUUUGCGAUUUGGAGAUAAGUUGCAGUCUCUUAAUGUUAACACAGUAUUAAUAAUUUUAUGUAAAUAACCUUGUUGUAAAAUAUGUACAUACAAGUUUUGAUAUCUGUUACCGAACGAAGAAACACUCGCAAACAAAACAAUGCCUGCAUGAAUAAAAUUAA